AUGAAGAAGCUGCCGUCCCUCGGCCACUGGUGCUCCUGGCUGCUGCUCGGUGUCUGUGGAUUCCAGGUGCGUGCAGUCCCACGCAGAGCACAGGACCACCCAGGCUUUGCUGUCUUGGCCUCUGCUUCCCAUUACUGGCCACUGGAAGAUGUGGACGGGAUCCAUGAACUUCAGGAUACCACUGGAGCAUUGCGAACCCACAACCUCACUGUGCUCCCUUCCCACAAUUCUACCUUUGUUUCUACCAAUGACUCUGCCUACUCCAAUUUCUCUGCAACCGUAGAUAUUGUGGAAGGGAAGGUCAACAAAGGCAUUUACCUCAAGGAGGAGAAGGGGGUAACACUCCUGUACUACGGCAGGUACAAGACGUCUUGCAUCAGCAACCCAGCUCAGUGUGGCCCUGAGGGGGUCACGUUUUCCUUUUUCUGGAAGACACAAGGUGAGCAGUCCAGACCAGUCUUCUCUGCCUAUGGGGGACAGGUCAUCUCUGAUGGCUUCAGAGUCUGCUCCAGUGGUGGCAAAGGCUCCGUGGAGCUAUACACGCGUGACAACUCCAUGACAUGGGAGGCUACCUUCAGCCCUCCAGGUCCCUAUUGGACUCACAUCCUGUUUACAUGGAAAUCCAAGGAGGGCCUGAAAGUCUAUGUCAAUGGCACCCUGAGCACCUCUGAUCCAAGCGGGAAAGUGUCGCACACCUAUGGCGAGCCCCACGUCAACCUGGUGAUUGGCUCUGAGCAGGACCACAGCAAGCGAUACGAGAACGGAGCUUUUGACGAGUUCAUCAUCUGGGAACGGGCCCUGACUCCAGAUGAGAUUGAGAUGUACUUCACAGCCGCCAUUGGAAAACAUGCUUUGUCUUCAACACCACCGAGCUUCUUCGUGACCCCCACAGCCUACACCAUGGUGCCCACAGAUGCCUACCAUCCCAUCAUAGCCAACCUGACAGAGGAGAGGAAGAACUUCGAAAGACCUGGAAUUGUACUGCGUUAUCUUCAAAAUGUGUCACGUAGCCUACCCAACAAGUCCCUCUCUGAAGAAACAGCACUGAACCUCACAGAGACCUUCCUCAGAGCAGUGGGCCAAGUUCUUCUCCUGCCCAGCUGGACCUACACAUCAGAGGAGAACACUUUGAUGCUAGGCCUGAUCAACACCAUCGACACUGUCAUGGGCCAUGUAUCUUCCAACCUGCACUCCACCCCGCCUCAGGUCUUUCUGGCAGGCUCUUCCUCCCUGGCAGACUUCUCUGUGGCCAGGGUCCUGCCCCAGACCCUGAGCGCCCUUCACUACCGCUUCCCUGCCCAUGGGCAGAGCUAUAUCGAGAUUCCCCGUGAGGCCCUUCGCAGCCCAGCCUGGACCACCAUCGUGGGCCUCCUCUACCAUUCUGUGCACCACUACCUGCACAGCAUCCCGCCAGCCAGCACACGGAUUUCCGAAGCAGCGUUUUACAGAGACUGCCUGCUCUCUGCGGUUAGCCACCUGAUUUCCCUGGAGGUGUCCCCGCCGCCUGCUCUCUCCCAGAAUCUGUCCCGUUCUCCCCUGCUCACCGUCCGUCUCAGGCACACACUGACUCACAAGCAGUACCUUGAAGCCACCAAUGAGAGCAGCCGCUUCUUCCUGUACUGUGCCUUCUUAGACUUCAGCUCCGGGGAAGGCAUCUGGUCGAGCCAGGGCUGUGCGCUCACGGAAGGAAACCUCAGCCACUCCGUCUGCCACUGCACGCACCUCACCAACUUCGCCAUCCUCAUGCAGGUGGUCCCUCUGGAGCUCUCACACAGACACCAGGUGGCGCUGUCGUCCGUCAGUUACAUCGGCUGCUCCCUGUCCGUGCUCUGCCUGGCCGCCACUCUGGUCACCUUCGCUGUGCUGUCCUCCGUCAGCACUAUCAGGAACCAGCGCUACCACAUCCAUGCCAACCUGUCGUUUGCCGUCCUGGCGGCCCAGGUCCUGCUGCUUAUCAGCUUCCAGGGGCAGCCUGGCACGGUGCCCUGCCGGGCUCUCGCUAUGCUUCUGCACUACUUCUUCCUGAGCACCUUCGCGUGGAUGCUGGUGGAGGGGCUGCACCUCUACAGCAUGGUCGUCAAGGUCUUCGGGUCAGAGGACAGCAAGCACCUCUACUACUACGGGAUAGGCUGGGGGACCCCUCUUCUCAUCUGCAUUGUCUCCAUGUCAGCAGCCACGGACAGCUACGGGAGGAACAACAACUGCUGGCUGUCGCUGGGGACUGGCGCCAUCUGGGCCUUUGUGGGCCCUGCCUUGCUGGUUAUUGUGGUGAACGUGGGCAUCCUCGUCGCCGUCACCAGAGUUAUUUCCCAGAUCAGCGCUGACAACUACAAAAUACACGGGGACCCCAGUGCCUUCAAGUUGACGGCAAAGGCUGUGGUUGUGCUGCUGCCCAUCCUAGGGACCUCGUGGGUGUUUGGGGUCCUCGCUGUCAAUGACCGGGCUUUGGUCUUCCAGUACAUGUUUGCCAUCCUUAACUCCCUGCAGGGCCUCUUCAUCUUCCUCUUCCACUGCCUCCUGAAUUCAGAGGUGAGAGCUGCCUUCCAGCACAAAACCAAGGUCUGGUCCCUCACAAGCAGCUCUGCCCGCAACGGCCAUGUGAAGCCCUUCAGCUCAGACGUGAGCAGCAUGGCUUGGGGCCACCCUCCAGCCUCCCUGACCCGCGUGGCACUGCAGAACUCGGAGGUGGAGCCCACCUGUCAGGCGCAGCCUGCUGACCCAGGGGUCUCACCAGUUCUGUGUGGGGGGCCUGGCCAGCUGUCCUCCCCGGCCACGUCCUCCCGCGAGCUCCCCCCAGCACCGCAGGAGCUGGGAGCGCUCGGCAGCCUGGUGAGAGUCAGCGCCGUCGCCAGGGAGGACAGCGUCCUCUCCUGCGCUGAGCGCCAAAGUCGACGCACAGGAAGAUCCAAGGCCGGCCGCAACCCCGCCGUCCCGACCGCCACAUCACCAGCCCGGCUGCGAGGCCACCAGUGGGACGCUGCCCAUGAACGGCACUUCCUGCAAACUCGGGAGUCAGCCACUGCUAACCAGGAGUCAGCCACUGCUAACCAGGAGUCAACCAUUGCUAACCAGGAGUCAGCCACUGCUAACCAGGAGUCAGCCACUGCUAACCCUGCAGGUGGCACAGCUCAGAAACCCCAGCUCAGAGGCAUUAGAGAAAGGGAGCUGGCGGCUCAAGUGAGGCCCACGGAGGCCGUGUGCACACUGGCUCCUCUCCUCGUGGCUCCUCUUGCUCCCGUGGGGGUGGAGCUGGAGCGCAAUGGGAAUUCACUUCCGGUUUCUUGGCCUGGUCCCAUCCUGUUGGCAUUGUUAUCACUGUAUUUGCAUCUGCAUCAGCACCACGCUCACCCCUGUAACCACCUCAGCAGCGCCGCCGCCCUCGCCAACAUCGCCAUCAGCACGGUCACCGCCGCCUGCGUGGCCACCCUUGCCGUGGUCACCCGUAUGGUGCUCGCAAUGCCCCCACCCGCUUCCCGUUCUCCACCUGCCACUCCUCUCUGGCCACCAGAAGUCUACAUGAAGGGGUCGUCGCCACCACUGCACUCAUGA